AUGGAUAAGAUGAACGGUUACACUCGUGCGAUCAAGCGAGAGCGCGGAUGUUUGUGGGAUAAAGGAGCAUCCAAGGUCCAGAUGGACCACCGGGGUUCAGAAGCUAAUGCCGAGGAUUGUGGUGUCGGCACACAAUCAACAGAAGCACGACGUACAGUGGAAUGCUGGGAAGGCGCAGCCGCAGAAAAGAAGUGGCGAUGGAUGCAAAACCGAAAGAGCACAAGGCAGUCGCGGCUCAUGCACUCAUCGCGAGUCGCGAAGCUUUGGUAG